CCCUUUGGUGUGGUGUGGCAACUUAAAGAUCAAAUUAGGUGAAGGAUGGGUCAAAAGAUAUCAAGACCAAUACAAGAUGAGACACCCCGAAAUUGGAUGUUUAGAAAUAAUUGUAGAUAUUGGACUGAACCCUAUUUAUCAUAUUUAAAGGGGUGGACUCAAGGAAAAAUACAAUUGGAUCCUUUCCCCAAAGAAGGUUCUUUUAAGCCAGGGGAUAUGGAAAGUGCAAAUUCGAUGAUUAAUGGGGGCUGGGGAGACCCAGACUGGAAUUAUAAGUACAUGAAAGAGUUGUACAAUAAAUGGAAAGAGAUAUUGGGAUAAAGGUCCAGAGAGGCCAAAAUUGCCCCAUGCCUCAGUAUCCCCUUCAAAUAUUUGUCAAUAUAAGGCUCCUACAGUAGAGGAAUUGAAACAACCUCUCAUUCCACCAAAAUUACAUCCCACCCUGCCAGAAUGUAGAAAAGACGGAUAUGCAAUGAUGAGUGAAACAAAGCAGUGUGUGGCAGGGGGGGCCGCAGCUGCAAGUAAACAGGCAGACUGCGAGAAGCCAAAAGAUGAACAAAAAUCAGAGCCUGCUUUUAUGUUUGUGAGACAGUUUACCAUAUGUUUUCUGGCUGUAUUAGAGUCAGUUGCUGUAGUUAAAAAUGAUAGAAACUGUAAAAUGUAAAACAAUAAACAAACUGAACAAAUUUAUUUCAAUAUAAAAAAACAAACUGAAUGGCUGACAUAUUUGUUUACGAAUUAUUUCAAGCCAUUUAAAUGCAUAAUCUUGUAUAGCAGCUGUCAUUCACAUUUUGACUACAUUAAAAAGAGAAUGACAGAACUAACAUUUGGCAGAUUAAAGAACUGAUACUUGAUCUCUUGUUUUCUGUUAGUAAAUCUGUGUUCACUUUAUUUUUCACAUUUAUCCUCAAACUGAUUCUGACUGCUUGUAAUAUGUUUAUUUUAUAUGGAAGUGAAAGAGCAAAGACAAGAACUGUGAAAUUUCAGAGUUGAUGAUGCUGUAGUUUGUUUCAGUCUGUUGACACCAAAAUAAUAUGCUUAAUGUGCCAAUUUACAGAAGAUCUCAGACAUCACCAUAAUGAAUGAGGUGAAAACAGAGAACUAUUGGCUUUUCAGCAGCUCAGUUAAACAUGAUGGCCUUGUUGUUUUUGGUAACUAUCAAUACUAAUUAAGCAAACCUUUUAGGAUAAUUAGGAGAGAUUAUUCAGUGUAAAUGAAGUAGCCUACAUGUAAGAGUUUGGUGUAAGAAAUGCAGCUUCUAAUCGUUUAAUGCUACAUUAUACCCUUAAAACUAUUCAGUUUGACUCCAAUAAAACAUUAAAAAUAUAGAACAUGCACUUAUUAUCUAUUAAAAAUAAUUGAUGAAAAAUUGAACAGGCAAAGAUGACAAUGGGAAUGAUGAGGAUGUAAAUAUGUAAUAUAGGCUACAAAAAUAAAUGGGCAAAUAUAGCAAAUCAUGAGACAUGAAUUAGUCUGAAGCGCUUUUACCACAAGAAUACAACUAUAGGGCACUGUGAGUUAAAUGAGGAAUUACACUUUAUCGAGACAUAAUGGACAAUGCUGCAUAUCUGAGUCUAGAUGUAAUUUCAGUUAAAAUGUGAUUUGGAUAAAAAGCUUCUAAAUGCACAAGUAAUUUUAAACUUUUGAUAAAUACAGUAAUGACUGGAUGAACACUUGAUUUUUUUAUGGCAGUCAAUAUUUGGAAAAAAACAUUAAUGAUAUUAAAUUGAAGAUGGAUCCUAAAAUUAAUUUGAAGACUAAACUAUAAAGUUCCAGAGGUUGACAUCACGCAAUCUAAAUGUCGCCAUUUUGGUAGGCCAUCGGGAGAGCACUACAGCGGCUGUAGAGCGGCGGUACCGAAAAAUUUCAACCAGACUGUUGUAAUUUUACUAUUUCAACAUGAUGGACAUGCUGUGUGCCCAGAUGCCAGAACAGGUGGGGGAAAGCAAAGGGAAAAUAAUUGUAUUGUAUUCCAAAGGAUCCUGAUAGAUGACUGAAAAUGUUAACCAACCAACACAACAAAAUGGAGAGAUGGGAUUUUAAAUUCCUAAUUUAAAAUCUUGCAUAUUUUAGAUGUUCUUUUAUAUAUACAGUAAUAAUAUACAGCCUUACUCAGUACAGCAAUACAUGUGUUCACAUAAUUUCAGAGUAAUUAAAGUAGUUGAGUAUAGAUUCAGUAACUUAUUUUGAUUUUCCCCAGAUCUGGUCCUGUGGGCGUCAGUAUCACACAGUGAUCACAGUUCACACCUGCAGUGAAGCUCCUCCCACAACAAUUCACCAACAAAUACUGGGAAUAUUCACAUCAUCCUACAAGAGAAGGACAAACUCCAGGUGUAGCAGCUGAAAUCUGUGUGACUGUUAAAGAUGGAGUUUAUUAAAGAGGAGAUUGAAGAAAUGAGUGAUCCAGAACCAUCCAGAAUAAAACAUGAAGAUACUGAGGAACAAACAGAUCAGAUGAAAGUGAAAGAGCAAGAACUAUCUGAAGUUGAGGAGGAACAUUGCAACUUCAAAACUCAAAAGAGAUUUUCAUUGAUGGAAAACUGUAAACAGCAACAGAAAACAGAUAAUAAAGUGAGAGAUCAUGUGUGUUGUGACUGUGGGAAGAGCUUUUCGAAAGCUUGCUGUCUGAAAGAGCACCAAAAAAUUCAUACUGGAGAAAAACCUUACAAGUGCUCAUAUUGUGACAAGAGUUUUGCUCAGUCUGGAACUCUGAAAAUACAUGAGCGAAUUCAUACUGGAGAGAAGCCGUACCACUGUACUCAGUGUGAGAAGAGUUUCAAAUGUAAAACUGAUCUCAAGUAUCAUCUCCGUGUUCACUCUGGAGAAAAACCAUAUAACUGUGAUCAGUGUGGUAAAUGUUUUAAAUUAUCAGCCAAUCUAAAAGAACACCUGAAAACUCACAUAAACGAGAGGCCUUAUUUUGCAUGUUCAUUUUGUGAAGAGUUUUUUACUCGGCAGGAUCAUUGUAAACGACACCAGAAAAAACACACCAGUGAGAAAGAUCAUGUGUGUUCGAAGUGUGGGAAGAGCUUUACUAGAGCUGACAAUCUGAAACAGCACCAAAGAAUUCAUACUGGAGAAAAACCUUACAAAUGCUCAUUUUGUGACAAGAGUUUCCCUCAGUCAGGACACCUGAAAUCACAUGAGCGACUUCAUACUGGAGAGAUGCCGUACCACUGUACUCAGUGUGAGAAGAGUUUCAAUCAUAAAAGAAGCCUUCUGACUCAUAUGAAGAAAUGUAGUAAGAAGUCGCCACAAUGAGCAACAUUUAAUUUAUUCAUCUUUUCUCACUGGAUAAUUACUUUGCAAAAUCAGUUUUUCCCCCCUGGUUGUACAAGAGUCAGUUGCUGUAGAAGGAAAAAAACUGACUAAAUGUCAUUAAAACUGCUGCAGUAAGUUGCAAGUAUGUACAAAUAUCAAUGAUUUGCAGUGUUGAGAGGUUUUUGGUAACUGUUCCAGCAAACAUUUAUUUGUUUUAUUGAAUUGAUAAAAUAGAUCUGAAACAAUAAAUUGUAUGUUUUAA